AUGAGUUCGUUAAUCAUUGUAUUUUUCGUUUUCGCAUUGGCGGUUUAUAAAUUGCUUAGAAGGAAGACCGUGCGGUGGGUGAAAACGAAUAAAUAUGGCGGAGUCGAGACGGCCAUUCUAAGGACCGCACCGGGGCCCGUUUGCUGGCCCAUUUUCGGGAGUCUACACCUUCUGGGCAGCCACGAGUCGCCCUUCCAGGCCUUCACUGAGCUAUCGAAGAAAUACGGCGACAUUUUCAGCGUCAAAUUGGGCAGCGCCGAUUGCGUGGUCGUUAACAAUUUAUCUCUGAUCAGGGAAGUUUUAAAUCAAAACGGCAAUGUGGUGGCGGGACGACCGGACUUCCUGCGCUUCCAUAAGCUCUUCGCCGGCGACCGGAAUAACUCUCUGGCCCUGUGCGACUGGUCCAAUCUCCAGCUGCGCAGGAGGAACCUGGCGAGACGGCACUGCGGUCCCAAACAGCACACCGACUCCUACGCCAGAAUCGGCACCGUCGGCACCUUUGAAUCUGUCGAGCUAAUUCAAACCCUCAAAGGAUUGACCAGCAGAUCGGACGCCAGCAUCGAUCUGAAGCCGAUACUGAUGAAGUCCGCCAUGAACAUGUUCUCAAACUACAUGUGUAGCGUCCGUUUUGAUGACGAAGACCUCGAAUUCCAGAAGAUUGUCGAUCACUUCGACGAGAUAUUCUGGGAGAUCAACCAGGGCUACGCUGUCGAUUUUCUGCCGUGGUUGGCGCCGUUCUACAAAAAGCACAUGGAGAAGCUCUCCAACUGGUCCCAGGACAUCCGAUCCUUCAUCUUAUCGAGGAUCGUGGAGCAACGCGAAAUAAGCUUAGACACGGAAGCUCCGGAGAAGGACUUUCUGGACGGCCUCCUCAGGGUGCUACACGAAGACCCGACCAUGGACAGGAACACUAUUAUCUUUAUGCUCGAAGACUUCCUCGGGGGGCAUUCGUCUGUUGGUAACUUAGUCAUGCUGUGUCUGACCGCUGUCGCCAGAGACCCGGAGGUCGGCAGGAAGAUUCGUCAGGAAAUCGACGCGGUGACCAGAGGCAAAAGACCCGUAGGUCUCACCGACCGCAGCCAUUUGCCGUACACCGAGGCCACCAUCUUGGAAUGUCUCCGGUACGCGUCCUCGCCCAUCGUGCCGCACGUGGCCACCGAGAAUGCCAACAUAUCCGGGUACGGAAUCGAAAAGGGUACUGUCGUUUUUAUCAACAACUACGUUCUGAACAAUUCCGAACAGUACUGGUCCGAGCCGGAGAAAUUCGAUCCGAGCCGUUUCCUGGAGAAGACCAGGGUCAGGACGAGACGCAACUCCCAGUGUGACUCCGGCCUGGAGUCCGACUCGGAGAGAGCGCCCGUCGGCAAGCCGGACGUCGAGAGGGAGAUGCUUUCCGUGAAAAAGAACAUACCCCACUUCAUACCCUUCAGCAUUGGUAAGAGAACGUGUAUCGGUCAAACUAUGGUCACGUCGAUGUCUUUCACGAUGUUCGCGAACAUCAUGCAGUCCUUUGAGGUCGGCGUCGAGAACAUUAACGACCUCAAACAGAAGCCGGCGUGCGUGGCCCUACCCAAAAACACAUACAAAAUGCAUUUGAUACCUAGGAAGUAG